AUAUUAACAUGUUAUUACCAGAGGUGUUUUAGAUAUUGAUCCUGUAUUCGGUGGUAGUUAAACUCACUCCCCCACCUCACAGGUCCAUACCUGUUUUUCUAAUUUAAUAGGACAAGUGACAGGAAAUUUUGUAAAAAUGCCCAAGAGGAAGUCACCCGAGGGAGCAGAGGCCAAAGACGCCACCAAAGUUACAAAGCAUGAGCCCACUCGGAGGUCAGAGCGUCUUUCCUCAAAACCAGCUCCUCCUAAAGCUGAACCAAAAGCCAAAAAGCCAGCAGCCAAGAAGCCAUCCAAUGACAAAGCGGUAAAGGAGAAGAAGGGCGGAGCCAAAGGAAAGAAAGAGGAGAAAGAAUCUGCGCCCACUGCAAAUGGAGAGACCAAGCCAGAGGAGAUCUGUGUGUCACGCUCAUCUGUCAGUGUGUCGUCUUGGAGAAGUUCCGCCCCCUCCUUCCUGUCCAUCAGAGGGCAGAGUGAGAGUGUUAGAGUAAAGGGUAUGAGAGUUUAAAGAGUGCAGUGUGUGCUUGUGUGCUCGUCGCCAUCAGAUCUAGAUAUAUUCAACCAUCUCUUUAUCUGAGACUAUCAAAAAAAUAAAUAAAACAGAAUUACAUCGUGAAUGAUUGGUAACCAAGGUUACCAUAAUGUUCAGUGCAUUAGUUUUGAUAUUAUGGAUCACAACUUAAGGAUUUUGAAGUGUGAUAUUGCAGAGUAUACCCAAUUGCAAAAAUAAUCACUGUUUUCAAACAGGUUUCCCGAAGAAAAAAAGAAAUUGGUCAGAUAAACACAUUAGUUAGUCUGUCCACAUAAGGUUAGGAUAGAGGAAAGUAUUUAGUUAAAAAUACACACUUUACCUUGAAUUUAAUUAAUUAAAAUUUAAGUUGAUUUUCCUUAUAAUUACGUGAAAUGCACUCUUCUAUCUGUUUUGUCCUGUUGUUUAUUAUGAAGGAGGUUGUUGAAUUUAAAGGAAUAGUUCACCCAAAAAUGAAAAAUAUAUCCAAGAUGUAGAUGAGUUUGUUUCUUCCUCAGAACAGAUUUGGAGAAAUUUAGCAUCACAUCACUUGCUCAACAAUGGAUCCUCUGCAGUGAAUGGGUGCAGUCAGAAUGAGAGAAAAACAUAACAACAAUCCACAAGUAAUCCAAACGAAUCCAGUCUGUCAAUUAACAUCUUGUGAAGCGUAAAGCUGCAUGUUUGCAAAAAACAAAUCCAUCAUUUAGACGUUUUUAACAUCAAACCAUUACAAGUCCUCUUUGAUUAAUACUACUUUCUCCAGUGAAAAAGUAAUCUUGUCUGAAUCGAGAGCGAAAUAUGCUGAGAUCACGCACAACGUACAAGUGAAAACAGUUAAGGAUAAAACACCUUAAUACUACUACAAACAAGCAGCUUUGCACUUAACAGGAUGUUAAUCAAUGGACUAGAACUUUGCAGAUUAUUUGUGGAUUAUUGUGAUGUUUUUAUCAGCUGUUUGGACUCUCAUUCUGACGGCACCCAUUCACUUCAGAGGAUCCA